CUGUCGGCUGGGCAACAGUUGGUUUUGUUAGCGCGAGUAGGGAACGAAUGCUCCUCCUUUGGCGUUUGCUUCCUUCUCUCUACGUCAUUCGUAGCUCCGCCCCCUCUCUGCUCGAAACGCCAACUGACAACUCCUUACCGAAUACAUCAUGUCCGCUCGAGGUCAAGGAGCCAAGGCCAAAACGAAACCGCGUUCUCGGUCGGAUCGCUCAGGGCUGCAGUUCCCGGUCAGCCGUGUCCAUCGAUACCUUAAGAAGGGAAACUACGCUAACAUCAUCGGAAGCGGCGCUUCGGUCUAUCUGGCCGCGGUGCUGGAGUAUCUGGCAGCAGAAGUUCUGGAACUGGGAGGAAACGCCGCCCGGGACAACAAGCGCACCCGGAUCAUCCCGCGGCACCUGCAGUUGGCCAUCCGAAACGACGAGGAGCUGAACAAGCUGAUGGCUGGCGUGACCCUGUCCCAGGGCGGCGUGUUGCCGAACAUCCACGCCGUGUUGCUGCCGCAGAAGACCCAGGAGAAGAAGUCGGAGUAGAUUCUGACGGACUGACUAACGCUUACUAAACCGCCCUUUUUAGGGCGACUGAAUUUAGUACAAAAGAGUUAUUCUUUUCUUAAUCAACUAAAUAUAACAAGUUGACACUGAAACAAAAAUAUUUUCUCAUAAAAUUCUGGA